GGUUGAGCUCCUUGGCCCCGAUCGGAUCCUGUGCACUGUGCCCUGAAGAGAUGGACCUCACGGCGCCUCUUCGCGUCACGGAGAAUGAGGCGCUCAUCGAGUCCUCCUUCAGGCGUCUCAUUGCUUCCGUAGAAGCUGAGCGCGAGAAGAUGCGCAGCACCUGGACACAGAUCGAGGAGGAGCAGCAGGUCACUGGGGACGAUCUUUCCAGGUUGAAGCUGGACACUGAGGAGUGGUGUAGGAUAGAGCGAAGCAAGAUCGAAAACGAGUGGAAGCGUCUGGAUCGACUUCGGGAGCGCAUGAAUGUGCUGAACACCGCAUCCAGAGAGGUGCUGGACGUCAACUGCUCCGGGCAGCUCUUUCAGGUGCCGAAGCGCGCCUUGUGCUUCGUGGAAGGCAGCUACCUGAACCACAUGUUCAGCGAUGCUUACAUUCAGAGUGUGCCACGUGAUCCUCAGGGCCGCUACUUCUUGGACUUCAACCCCGAGUGCUUCGGCCUCAUCGUGGACUGGCUCUUGAAACUGGAGGACAAUCCCAGCACCAAGGUCCCCACGGUGCCUGAGCACCAGCAGUUGAACAUGGAUUUGCUGGCCGAAGCCCUCAACCUUCGUCAGUUUGCAUUUGGGAACUGCCUGAGAACGAACCACUCCACCUCGCUGCAAGUGAGGGGCAACGUCGUGGAGGCGACCCACAUGGGCUGGCAGAUCAUCUCCGCGGAGCACCCGUUGAAGAUGUCAGGCAACUCCUUCUUCGAGAUCCGGAUUCUGCGAAAUCCUGAUCCGAACACAGAUCGGCUUGCUAUUGGACUUUGUGGGCACAUCCCAACGGGUGCAGAGGUGCACUCCAUCCGGAUCAAAGAUGCCUUCAUGUACAACAGCAACAUCGGGCUGAUCGGCGACGUCAUCGAUGCAAACAAUUGCCAAGAAAAGAUAAAGUUUGUGGAGGGGAUGACCAUUGGCGUGCGGCAUGACGCCCAGACCAGGAUGACACACUUCUACAUGAACCGAGCGUCAGUUGGGUCAUGUGCGCUCAGCCAAGACGCAUUGGAGAGGAUGCCCGUGCUGUAUCCUAUCUUUGCGAUGCAUGCGGCAGGACAGAAAAUUGAGGUGGACUUCUCCCUCAGCGGCCCGCUGGCUUCACGCAGGCCAGAUGCUGCAACGGCCGCGGCGGCGGUGCUUGCGGCGGGCGGCGGCUCUCGACUGGCGAGCCAUACGACCCCUACAGAGGGCGCUUCCUGAAAUCCGGGAAGCAAAAAAUGGACGGCAGGGAAACCAACAGCAUCCUUGGAACCUUG